GACGGAACGAAGCGGCGGGCGGAAAUAACACGAGUCUGCCUGCCUGCCGCUGCCGGCUGAAAAGCCCCCCGGAGCGGAGGCUUCCAGUCGAAGCAAGCCGAGCGCGAGAGCGGCCAUGGGGAUCGUGGAGACGUGGAUGCGGGAGAAGCCCAUCCGCACCUUCCUCGCCCAGCUCUCCAGCCGCCGGGGGGCCGCGGCGCUAACCGCUUCAUCCGCCGCCGCGGGCUCAGCCGACGGCGAGGCAGCCGACCGGAGCAUCCCUCAGCUCUCCUCCAUCGCCAACUCCGUCGUCUCCCGCUGCUCCAGGGUUCUUGCUGUUGCAACUGAAACAUUGCAGCAAAACUUUGAAGCUGAUUUCCCAGAUAGUGUUAAGGAGUCCAAUACAUAUGCAAAGGAGUUUUUAGAGUACUGCUGCCACAAAGUUCUUCAUGAAGUGACUACAUGUCCAGAUCAUUUGGCUGAUAAGAAUCUUUGCCGUUUAAUGUUUGAUAUGAUGCUAGCAUGGGAAACCCCAGGUGCCGUUUCUGAGGAUGAAUUACUAGAAAAUCAUUCUGGUUUGCGUACUACUGAGAUUGAAGAUGAGGAUGAGGGAUCAAUUUUUUAUGCAAAUUCCACAAGAUUGGCAGUUCAAGUAAAUGACAAGAAAACAGUUGGUUUAGGUGCUUUUGCACAAAUUGCACCUUCAUGCCCUAUCAUAGCUGACUUGGUUACUGUCCACAAUCUGUUUGAUGCACUCACAUGCUCGUCUGGUGGACGAUUGCACUUCUUCGUGUUUGACAAGUAUAUCAAAAGCUUAGACAAGGUAUUCAGAUCUAUCAAAGGUAUGAUGCAGUCACCACUUGCUUCAACUUUUCAUCUUGAUUCUGGGGAAUGCAUCUUAGCUAUGGAUGGAGACAGGCCUAUUCAUCCUGUAUUUCAACAUAUUGGAAUAUCAGCAUGGCCAGGAAGAUUAAUUCUUACAACUCAUGCUCUUUACUUUCAGAGUAUCAGAGUGGGUUAUGGUGACAAGACAGUUAAGUAUGAUUUAGCAACAGAUUCUGAUCAGGUUAUCAAGCGUGAUUUUACUGGACCAUUAGGUGUUCGCCUGUUUGAUAAGGCUGUGAUGUACAAGUCGAGCACUUUAACAGAGCCAAUUUGUUUUGACUUCCCUGAAUUAGGCGGUCCCUCACGAAGAGACUAUUGGUUAGCAAUCAUUCGUGAAGUAUUGCAGGUGAAUAGAUUCAUCAGGAAGUUCAAUCUUGAAGAUGUUCCGAAAGCGGAAGCACUAUCAAAAGCUAUCCUGGGCAUCUUGAGAUACUCUGCUGUGAAAGAAGCUUUUCAUAUUUCUCCUUCUCACUUUAAGACAACUCUCACUUUUAGCUUAGCAGAAAAACUUCCAAAAGGAGACAUGGUCUUGAAAGCAUUAUAUGAUAACUACUUUCAACUGUUGGACACUUCGAUGAGUCAUUUGGCAACUGAGUCACCAGUUGACAACAGGCUACAGAAUCAUUCAUUACCAUUCUCAUUGUAUUCUCUCUCUAGGAUGGGAUUUAUAUUACUGAAGAGGAAAGAUGAAGCCCAAAGUGAGAUAAGCUUUUGUGCUGUUUGCUUUGGUGUAACAAAAUCUCUAGAGGCUGCUUUGAAAGAGUCAAUUUGUUACUCUGAGAGAAUAGAAGCAGCACGUGCAACUAUAGAUCAAGUAAAGGUGGAAGGUGUGGAUGCAAAUCUUGCCCUCAUGCAGGAGUUACUUUUCCCAUUCAUUCAAGUAGUGAAACUUAUCUACUCUCUGACCAAGUGGGAAGAUCCUCUCAAAUCAUUUCUGUUCUUAGCUUUUACCCUGUAUGUUAUUCAAAGGGGAUUUAUUGCUUACAUCUUGCCCAUAUUCCUUUUGGUUUUUGCUGUUGUUAUGCUCUGGCAUAAGUACAAUGGAAGGGAACAAUUAUUGGGAGUGCUUGAAGUCAGAACUCCUCCAAGGAAAAACACUGUUGAGCAAAUCUUAACCUUGCAGGAUGCUAUAUCCAAGUUGGAAGAAGCUCUACAGGCUAUAAAUAUUGUUCUUCUCAAGUUCAGAGCCGUCUUGUUUGCAGCUGUUCCAAAGACAACAGAAAUGGUUGCGGUGGCACUUCUUGCUGCAGCUGCAUUUCUUGUCUUUGUACCCUGGAGGCAUGUUCUCCUGAUUGCAGUCCUGGAGGUGUACACAAGAGAGAUGCCGCUAAGGAAACAGAACACUGAAAAGUUCCGCCGGCGGAUUAGAGAGUGGUGGGCACGCAUUCCAGCCGCUCCUGUUCAGAUGAUCAAACCUAACGAAAACAAGAAAAAACGAUGAUCACUUGCUCCGUGCUGUUGCAAACGAAGAGCUCACAAUUUUCCCCGUUUCUGAUUUUUACCUGACCAGAUAACCUGUGCAUGUUCCGAACCCUCUUGUAGUCAUUAUAGAGAUAUUCUUACUUAUCAAGCUAACCAUAAUACUAAUCAAUGCACAAAGUCCUUGCUAUGAGUGUACAAAUAUGAGUGAUUGUGUAACUCUUUGCUGUGCAUAUAAGUUCCUGGGAGUUCUGUGAACAAUCCCGAGUGAUAAAUUAAUUCUGGAAUCCGAGUGAUAAACAUGCUCAUAAUCAGUACGAGAAGGGAAGGAAUUUUUAUAAGUUA